UGGAAUGUUUUAAUUAAAUAGAAUUAUUUUUUUGUGUCUAUUAGAUGUAAGUUUGUAAUAAUAUGACCACGAAUAUAUACAAGAAUUCAAAUGAAGAUGGAGCUCGGCCGUAUAAAUGCCGUGAAUAUGCCACGAAGAUAUCUAUAAAUUUACAACUUUUCAAAAGAGAUGGCAGAUUUUGUGAUAUUGACCUAAUAUCUGGUAAAACUAAAGUUAAGGCUCACAGAGUGGUGUUGGCUGCAAGCUGUGCUUAUUUUGAUGCCAUGUUUAAUGUUGGUCUUGAAGAAAGUCAAAAGCGGCAUGUUUGUCUACCCAGUGUUCCACCUGACAUACUACCUAAGAUAAUUGAUUUUAUUUACACAGGUGAAAUUUUGAUUGAUAAAUCUACGGUACAACAUUUGAUGAUUGCUGCUGACAUGUUACAACUAAGAGAACUGGUAACUGGUUGUGGCGAGUAUCUAAGAAGAGAACUACAUCCCUCAAAUGCCUUAGGAAUUUUUAGGUUUGCUGAAGCUCAUAAUUGUACAGAAUUAGCAGAAGAAGCGUUAGAACAUGCUCAGGCUAACUGGAAUAUAGUAGCAAAUGGAGAUGAACUGUUAGAACUGCCACUUCCUCAAUUAGUCACAUUAUUAUCUUCAGAACAACUCAAAGUUGACAGUGAAGCACAGGUUCUUUAUCCAGCCUUACGGUGGUUGGAACACGAUCCGGCUUGUCGGAGACGUCAUUGCUUUGAAGUGUUAAGUCACGUUAGACUUCCCUUGAUUUCCCCACAAAUUCUUGAUGAAGCUCUUAAGAAUGUGCUGGAUCCAUCCAUUGCAGUUGCACUUAAAACAGUCAGAGUUGAUAUGAAAACUGGUCGUGGUGCUCUAGUUGCUCUGGCGGCAGAACCCCGUGCCCGUGCACGUCGCAUCCUCCUCGUAGCCGGAGGGUCCUGCCACGACAACGCCGCCCAUCCACCACUCACGACGGACAAUAUAUUGUCAUCGGUGCUCAAAUUUGAUCUACACACCAGGGAAUGGGAAGAACUUGCGGCAAUGGACAUAGCGCGUAUUCAACCAGGUGUGGCAACAUUAGCAGGUCGGGUAUACGCUGUAGGCGGUGAACAAGGCAGUCAAAUUUUAGCAAAUGGAGAGGUUUAUGAUCCACAGACUGAUAAAUGGUCAGACAUAGCACCGAUGAAAGAAGCACGUUGUGAAUUCGGUUUGACCGCGUGGAGCGGUAACCUCUACGCUUUCGGUGGGUGGGUGGGGUCAGACAUGGGGUCUUCUGUGGAGGUUUACGACCCCGUUAAUGACGACUGGACUGUUACUGGGAGAAUGCCAGAACCGCGGUUUGGAAUGGGCGUCGUAACUUUUGAAGGGCUCAUUUACGUAGUCGGCGGGUGUACUCACACAUGGCGACACACGCGAGACCUGCUCUGCUAUCACCCGUCUUCCCGCAAGUGGCAUACACUGACACCAAUGCGGCACGCGCGCAGCCAGGCGGCGGCCGUAGUGCUCGACAACCACUUGUACGUGGUGGGCGGGAACUCACCGGGCCGCACCGUACUCGCCUCCGUCGAGAGAUAUAACUUCGACAAUGACACGUGGGAGGAGGUGGCGAGCAUGAAGGUGGCGCGCGCGGGGUGCGCGGCGGGCGCAGCCGAGGGCGCACUCGUAGUGGCGGGCGGUGACAGCGAGAGCGGCGGCGAGCGUGCCUUCUACCGCGCGCGCACCACGCUCGCUAGCGUCGAGGUGUACGAUCCCCGCGCCGGCGUGUGGCGCGACGGGCCGCCGCUGCCGCACUCGCGCGCUGAGGCCGGCGCGGCGCUGCUUUGACACGUGCCCGCACAUUCUACCGCGCGCGCACCAUGCUCGCCAGCGUCGAGGUGUACGAUCCCCGCGCCGGCGUGUGGCGCGACGAGCCGCCGCUGCCGCACUCGCGCGCUGAGGCCGGCGCGGCGCUGCUCUGACACGUGCCCGCGCCUUCUACCGCGCGCGCAUCACGCUCCCCAGCGUCGAGGUGUACGAUCACCGCGCCGGCGUGUGGCGCGACGGGCCGCCGCUGCCGCACUCGCGCGCUGAGGCCGACGCGGCGCUGCUCUGACACGUGCCCGCGCCUUCUACCACGCUCGCCAGCGUCGAGAUGUACGAUCCCCGCGCCGGCGUGUGGCGCGACGGGCCGCUGCUGCCGCACUCGCGCGCUGAGGCCGACGCGGCGCUGCUCUGACACGUGCCCGCGCCUUCUACCACGCUCGCCAACGUCGAGAUGUACGAUCCCCGCG